AUGCACAAAAAAUAUAUUGCAAGGGCUAUCUCCACCUCUGCAUACACGCCAGAGAGGAAGCCGCACACCUUCACCAGGCUGCACUCUGUGUCUCUUGCAGAAAAAACAAAGUGCAAAGAUGGAGAGAGUCUGGUGCUCUACAAAGACAAGCACACAAUGGCUGAAACCAGCACUAGCAGCGCUUCUCAAGAGACCCAGCUAAACCCAUCUACAAUUUACACAUUUCACACAGAAACACUUUACGCCGGCAGACAAACCUCAAUAAAAAUGACAGUUAGAGACAGAAAGAUCGAAUACGUCCCAGGAGACUCCAUUCUGCUGUGGGUGUCCAACUCUGAAAGCAUCGCCAAUACGCUAAUGGAGCUGCUGGAUGUACCGGCUGAUCGGUGGAUUAGUUUUCAGAGGAUCCACAACCGCACCUCCUCAGUUGUGUUCUCUUUCGCGGGGAUGGCCUCCGACUACUUUAGACACUUUCUAGACACUACGUCUCUUCCCUCUAAGCUGUUCCUAUACAGACUAUCCGAGUAUGCUUGUGAAGAGGAAAAAGAUAAACUAGCAUAUUUAUCAUCGAAGGAAGGGAGUGCAGAAUAUUUCAUGAUGAUCAGAAAUUGGAAUAGUAUUAUUGAUAUUCUAAUACAGUUUAGAGUAAAAGUUCCCCUGGAAGUGCUGCUAGAAGUGUGCACAGAAAUCAAGCCCAGGGCCUUCUCGCUAAUAAAUAAGAAGGAAAACGACAUUGAACUCAUAGUAGGAGUUAUAUCGAACAGCACAGAGGAAAGCACAAGAAACGGACACUUCUCGGAGUAUGCUGUAAGCACCGCUAAUUCUCGUGAGAAGACAGAAACAGCAGAGGACACAGAUAAAAAUAUGCGAAUAUUUGACUCUAGUAUAGCCUACAGAAUACAGCUGAAGGCAAACAGACUUCUGAGACUACGAGAAGAAACGACAAAUGCGCUGCUGUUUGGGAUAGGAACAGGAGUAGCUCCUUUUAUCUCAUUUAUUCGAAACCAUGGAAGUUCCUGCAAGUUUAGCUUGUUUUACGGGUGUAGAAAUAGAGAUGAAAAUAUUUUAGUGAAAAUCGGGCUUGUAUCAGGCCCAGGUGAGGAGUCAAAGUAUGCGGGCGCUGUUCUUUUUCGGGUAGGACCUACCGAUGUUCACGUGGUCUACUCUCGAGAGAGCAUGUGCCUCAGAAUGCACGACUUUCUUGCUAAAAACAAAGAAAAAAUAGACGAUGAGUGUAAACAAUUUUUUAAUGACUUAUACAUAUGCGGGAAUAAGGGGGCAAUGGCUGCCGUCUCAGCAUAUUUUGAAGACGCCCAUCCAAACAUGAAAAAAUACAUAGACGACUGGUCCUAG